GAUGCGUUAUACGGAACUUUCAAACCGUUUAUGGACAGUCGCAUUGGCGGAGUUUAUUUAUCGUAGUAAGGAAGUGCGUAUAAUAUUCUUCCCUUCUUUUAAUGGCACGGUGAAACUUCAAGUGGGACAAGGAAAUUCAAGAUUUCACAGCAACUAGUCAGGGGCACACUGUGUAAUUGACGUAGAAAACGGUGGCAUUUCUUUAAGCAUCUUCUCCAUUUAUUAUUUAAAGAAAUGAAAUGAAAUAUCACACUCGGAUUCUCUUCUUCUUAUCAAUCAGCGUUUUCCAGAACUCGCUAGGAUCAAUCUUCUCAUCCAUUCAAGUCAAAGGAAAAAAGUUGAAUUGAAAACACUCCGAAUAAAUAAAGAAAAUCAUAGAAAAGCUGCAAACUUCUAAAGUUCGUGUUCAGAUAUUUUUGGUUAUACACUUAUACAGAUAAUACACUCCCAGCUGUGAUCAGUAGAAGUCAAAGUCAACGUGUUUUAAGUCAAAGCUCCAGAUUUUGAUUUAAGAAAAAGCAAACAAACAAUUCAAAGUCAAUUCCAAAUGCAAACCUCUGAGGUACCUCAAUCAUCAUCCAGCCUUCUCCAGAAGUUGUACCAUAAACGACCUAAACAGCAAGUUGAUGGGCAAUGUUACACCACUUUCCAAGGAGAAAAAAAUGCGUUCCUGGUCGACAAUGAGCAAUUCUUCACUUUGGACUCAUCAACCGCGUCCGACUGUGUGGCCUACGAUUCACCCACCACCGUUUCCUCAAACUGGAGUGCCUUUUCUCCUCAUUGCUCACAUUCUUAUGUCUCGGACUGUAAUACUUCUGGGUCCCCCUUAAGCGGUUCUUCUGGGGUUGUUGAUGACAGCAAUGAAAUGAGGCACGCGUUGCGUGAAUUGGAGAACAAGUUGCUGGGUCCCGGCUCCGAAGUCGAUGAUGAUACAGGCAGUUGUUCCUUUACGUAUUUGCCAGAUUCCAAGCGGGCCCUGAGCGAUGUGGUCUCAAAGCCUUUUUCUUCUUCCUUGACAAGAUGGACCAAGAUUGUGGAGAUAGCCCCGAACUUGGAAACGAAGGAGCUUCUCACGAUCUGUGCAGAGGCUGUUUCAGAUGCUGACGUGUCUACAGCAGAACUUCUAAUGGGUGUGCUGGAGAGAAGAGUUUCGGUUUCAGGGGAACCCCUCCAGAGGCUAAGCGCUUACAUGCUGGAAGGUCUCAGGGCACGGCUACUCUCUUCUGGAAGCACAAUCUAUAAGAAGUUGAACUGCAAUGAACCAACCGGGUCAGAGCUGAUGUCAUACAUGCAAGUCAUGUACCACAUAUGCCCUUAUUAUAAGUUUGCCUAUGUGUCGGCCAAUGUUGUGAUCCAGGAGGCAGUUUCCAAUGAGAACCGGAUCCACAUCAUCGACUUCCAGAUCGCCCAAGGGAGUCAAUGGAUGUUCCUCAUCAAGGCCCUCUCGCAACGUCCAGGUGGUCCUCCUUUCAUCCGUGUGACGGGUGUCGAUGACCCCCAAUCCAUCCAAGCCCGAGGUGGAGGACUUAGGCUCGUCAGUGAGAGGUUAGCGAAGUUUGCCGAGUCCUACGGGGUGCCCUUCAAGUUCCACGCGGCAGCCAUUUCAGGCAGCGAGGUUGAGCUGGAGAACCUCCACGUGGUCCCAGGAGAAGUCCUAGCCGUUAACUUUCCCUACAGUUUACACCACAUGCCGGACGAGAGUGUGACCACCGUGAACCACAGAGACAGGCUGUUGAGACUGGUGAAGAGCUUGUCCCCGAGAGUCGUUACUCUUGUUGAACAGGAAGCCAACACCAAUUCCGCCCCAUUCCUUCUGAGGUUCCGGGAGACUUUGGAUUACUAUGCAGCAAUGUUUGAGUCUAUAGACGCGGCCCGCCCACGGGAUGACAAGCAGCGGAUCAGCGCGGAGGAGCACUGUGUUGCGCGGGAUGUUGUCAACUUGGUGGCGUGCGAGGGGGGUGAUAGGGUGGAAAGGCACGAAGUCUUUGGGAAAUGGAUGAUGAGGUUGAUGAUGGCCGGGUUCAGUCCUUGCCCGUUAAGUGCUUCGGUUGGGCAGGCCAUGAGGCAAGUGUUGAGCGAAUACAGCCCUAAUUAUUGGCUUCAAGAAACCAAUGGUGCGUUGUGCCUUGGAUGGAAGGGUCGGGCUUUGGCAACUUUCUCAGCAUGGAGAUGAUUAAAAAAAGCAAGUUUUUAUUUAGUCUGUAAAAGUUGUGUACUAAUAUCUUCUAGAGUUUAUGAUGAUGGUUCAGACAUUCCUCUAAUCCCAUCCAUCCCUGCAAGGUUGUGGAAAUGGAAAUGGAACUGUUUUGGUUCGAAGAGAAUGUGCACACCCUUGCCUCUGGUGUGUUGUUUUCUGUGUAUUCGAUCUUCUUGCAGCUAUUUUGAGCUUACGUUUUGCAGAUACAAUUGUGUCUCGUUUUUGUGUGGGUCUCCCCGCCCGGAACUCUUAACCAUAGUCUCAAACCAGGAGAAGGUGCAAUCUUCCCAUCUCCCCUGCAAACAUACCCUUAGUCACAUGAGUUGUAUUCAUUGUAUGCUUGAAUGGGUGGGUAAAGAAUUGGACUGGUUUUAGUUUCCACGAUUUCAAACUGGAUUUGGUAUUCAAAGACUCAAAGUCAGUCACUCAGUCAAAACAAGUUUCGAUUCCUCUAAAAUAAACUUUUUUUUUAAAUAUA